AUGUGGAAGGGAAACAUCACCAACGUCAGUGAGUUCGUCCUCGUGGGCUUCCCCACUGCUCCCUGGCUCCAAACUCUGCUUUUCUUCAUAUUCUUUAUUACUUACCUGUUUGUACUUUUGGAGAAUCUUGUCAUCAUUCUUACUGUGUGGGUCACUGGGUCCUUGCACAAACCCAUGUACUACUUUCUGGGUACCAUGUCCUUUCUGGAGGCCUGGUAUAUAUCCGUCACUGUCCCCAAGAUGCUCACUGGAUUUCUUUUUCACCCCAAUACCAUUUCUUUCUUGGGAUGCAUGACCCAGCUUUAUUUCUUUAUAUCCCUUGCCUGUACUGAAUGUGUGCUUUUAGCUGCCAUGGCCUAUGAUCGUUACGUAGCCAUAUGUUGCCCUCUUCGGUAUCCAGUCAUGAUGACCACAGGAUUUUGUGUUCAGCUGACUAUCAGUUCCUGGGUGAGUGGCUUCACCAUCUCCAUGGCAAAGGUGUACUUUAUCUCCCGAGUUUCCUUCUGUGGAAAUAAUAUCCUAAACCAUUUUUUUUGUGACGUGUCGCCCAUUCUUAAGUUGGCCUGUAUGGACUUAUCUAUGGCUGAGUCAGUGGAUUUCGCCCUAGCCAUUGUCAUCCUCAUGUUUCCUCUCUCAGCCACAGUUCUUUCCUAUGCUUUCAUUGUCUCCACAAUCCUGCACAUACCCUCAGCCACUGGGCAGCAGAAGGCCUUCUCCACCUGUGCUUCUCAUCUCACAGUAGUGGUCAUCUUCUACACAGCUGUGAUCUUCAUGUAUGUCCGACCUCGGGCCAUUGCUUCAUUCAAUUCUAACAAGCUGAUCUCAGCCAUCUAUGCAGUCUUCACUCCCAUGAUCAACCCUAUCAUCUAUUGCCUGAGGAACAAGGAAGUCAAAGAUGCCAUUAGAAAAACCAUAGCUGGCAGUAGACCCCUGUCCUUGGGAGACUCUAUUUUCUGA